AUGGACGUUACAACACAAUUCGGCUAUGCGUCAGUCAACCGAUCGAUCAACCUGCAAUGGGUCUACAUGGUGGAAUGGGUUAUAGCUCUGCUUGGAUCCAUCGGAAUACUAUUCUACUUCAAUCGGUUAAUGGGCUCAAUAGUGUCAUUCCUAUUGAAAUACAUUUUAUGGAAGCGAUAUAAGGUACGAUUGAAGGUCCAGUCUUACAAAGUCUCCUUUCUUGGGGGACGGCUUUUUUUCAAAAAUGUCACAAUCAUAACCAAGAACGAGAUGAUCCUAAUUCAUCAAGGAUGGCUCACAUGGAGAUAUUGGCUCACAUCCGUGCGCCAAUCUGGAUUCAUAACUGAGCAAGAAAAUACAAAAAACGGGCUACUUCCAACACGGCUGCUGAUGGAAAUCUAUGGGCUUGAGGUGUUUGUUUACAACCGGAUGAAUGUUUACGACGAAUUACUGAGAAAGCUGAACGAGGAGACCGGUCAUACUGAAAAGCAGUCGUACUCUACAAGUCGCAGCAGCGAAAAUAGCAGCGAUGAAAAUACAAUCAAUGACUUUGAAGAGUCGGAUGAGCGCUAUGUCCCACAAUUCAUUAAAAUUCUUCCCCUCAAAGUUCUGAUAAAACAAGGCGGCUUCGUGAUAGGCAACCAGACAACAACCUCUCUUUUGGUUGGAUCCUACACAUCCUUGGAAGGACUUUUUGAUUGUCUUCAGCCAGCUUCCAAAUACGAUAAGUGUCGAGUUGACCACGAUGUUAGGGCCAACCAGCUACAGCUGUAUCUUAAGCCGAAUGUUUCAUACGAGGGUAUGGAUCAGAUCAUAAAAGAGUUUGAUCAGGAGCAAAACCACAAGUUCAAGAGGUUUCUAGAGAAGCUAGGGCUGUAUCACAGUGGCACCAAAAAAGACAGUGAGAAGACUAAAGAGGAAGAGUUACAUCAUUGGCGCGGUCUUGAACGAUAUUUGUCCUAUGAUAGUUCGACAUUGAGCUCCUUUGACGAAAACACACAUUCUGACAAGAGAGACAAUGCGCUUGUGUUCUCGCAGUCCGAGUACGCGCGGUAUACUCAUAUAUUUGACUCGGAGUAUGUCGAUAUCCAUUAUUACUACGACAUCCCAGGGAACACGCCAGCAACACCAGCCAACACCUCUGCUGAUGAUCCAGACAUUAGAAACGGCGGAGCGCCUCCAGCAAACAACAUCGACCUAUCGAUUUCAGAAGGAGUCAUCCAUUACGGGCCGUGGGCCGAAAAAGAGCGCGCUUUUCUACAUCAAAUGUUAUUCCCUUCUAUCUGUAGGGAUGCUGAGCCGCUCGACCGUCUCAAAUCAGGGUCCAAAAGGCAGUACGAAUGGUUCAAGCUAUUUAUCGAAAGUGUGGACGACCUGGUGUUAAGGAUCCCAUUUAGGGAGAGCAGCAAAGAUGUUCUUUACUCCAAUAGUGACCACUCUCAAAAUCAACUUGAGCGCAGACCGUUUGGGUGGCUGGAACUCAAGGUUGGACAGAAUUCCACGUUCAAUAUCUCAACCUCGUACAUCCCCAGUGCAGAGAGCGGCUGGGCAAAUAAGUUUCAUGUGGAUUUUAAUAACCCGGUCAUUUCUUCCAGUGUUAAUCAUCAGAUAUUUUUCAAAGCUAUGAAACACAGCAUAAAUGCAGAUGUCGGGUAUCCCUUGCAAUGGAACGGUCCUGCAACUUGGAUCUUUCAAAACAGGUCUACAAAUGCUGAACUAUACUUACUCAGAGAGCACAUUGAGCUGCUCACAGACAUGUUUGGGGAUUUCAGCUCGGGAUAUCCAACUCCUUACGAGUUGUUCCGUCCCUUCUUCUACAAGAUAAACUGGAAGGUUUACAACUACAAUAUCUCUCUGAACUUGAACGAAAAAAAUAUUGUCAGCCAUCCUCUAGACUAUAAUGACAACAUAUAUGUUUCCUUUUGUGGAUCCGAGCUUGAUUUAGCCGUCGAUAUUCCUUUGGAUACAGUGUAUCGAAAGUCGACGGUUUUUGACUAUAAACUCAACACCACAUUUGACUUGGCUGUCCAUUUUCCACCAUGGCAUACAGGAUAUAAUUUUCUGCGAAAGAAAGAGGUUGGAAGAGCCAAUAACUUCGAGAUGUCGGGAUCUUUCAUUUAUUUCAACGUGAUCGAUAUAGAUACAGUUGACAACAUUGUAGUCAACUGCACUUGUGAGGAUACAACGCUUGAGUGCUAUGGAUUUAUUGUAAAGUAUGUGUUGCUUCUCAAAGCCAACUACUUCGGGGAAGACAUCAAUUUCCAGACCCUUGGAGAAUUUCUCGAAGACAUGAAUGAUAAGUCUCGAGAAAAACCGGUGCCAGAAGAGUUCAAGCCGUUUGGAAUAAAACUACGAAACGAGACCGACCUACAUUUUUCUUUUUGCGUCAAAAAUGGAUGUCUGGUCUUGCCAGCACACAAUUAUGACUGCGAGACACAUGUGGCACUACAUUUUGAGAAUCUGGAUAUUGAUCUCCGAUUCAAUAACUACUACAUGGAUCUCCAGGCUAACUUUUCAGAGAUCUAUGGCCGUUCACUUGAGAACGCCGAUGAGGAUAUGAUCUUUAGCACCACCUCAAAUAAUGUGAGAUUUGAUCCUCAGCUUUAUAUUGAACAGCUUCCAGUGCAUGGCCACAGGACAUUUGGACUCCCUCCAGAUGAACCGACUUAUUACUGCAGAUGGGAUUUCCAUCCGGGACAAAUAACCGUUGAUUCAGAGCCAGUUUUCCUUGACACUGUCCGUCGCUCUCUUGGGUCCCUUGCGGUGGGAUACAAUGAUUUAGAGAAUUCUUUGGACCUCCCUGAAGAGGCGCUCUUUGAUAUGUUGAAUCUGUCUUUCAGCUGUCCCGAAAUUCUGCUGAAAAUCAAUGGUCCGUCUUGUGGUCUCUCGGUUAGACUCGACACGUUGCACCUAACUAUAUCAGAUCAGUCGUCUGCGACAUACAAUAGCCGAAUCAAUCUUAAAAUUGAAGACAUUGUCUUACAAGGUAUGCAUGGCACCGAAACUGUGAUGGACGUGAGAACAUCAGUGUACGUGAGUGACUUCGUCAGAAAACCAGACUUUGCAACUCGCAAAGAAGCUCAAAAAGCCCAUAUGAAAAUCCAUGAUGCACCAUUUCACAGAUGCCCAUUUUUGCUCGCACCAAGUGAUAGAGAUACAACGUACCAUGAAAACUAUGGAGGUUUGAGGCCUUUUCUCAAUUUCCCUGAUGUCCCUCCACCACUGAACUCCAACUCUAUAGAUUUGUUGAUUGCAAGCUAUCCCGAACGGUUGAAAGAUGCCUUGAGAGACGAUGAUGGCUCCGAUUCAUCUUCGUUUGCAGAUGAUAGCAGCUUUCAUGCAGCGGACUCCUCUCCGAAAGUUUCCUCUGAAAAUGACGGUUUUGAGCUUGACUCCAUAGUAUGCAGCUUUGAUGCUGUUGACGGAUACAUUGAUCCGAAAAUCGCAUUGGUGUUGAGUUACAUCAUUUCAAACAAGGAGGUCGUUUCUGUCACCAAUGUAUUGGAUGAAAUUCAAAAUGACUUCAUAAUGCACUUGACCAAAAAACAUGCCACAAAGUCGCAGAAAGUCAACAUUAAGGCGCUGAUCCCGAUGAUCAAUUUGAAAUUGACAGAGUCACGGACUUCUGGGGACUGCGUUGAUAUCAGCAUAUCCAAUCCAACGUUAAGUGCUGCAAUUGAGCCAGAAGGCGGCGUGGAUGUUUUGGCAGCAGAUGUUUCUGAGAUCUCGAUCAACAUAUUAAAGAGUGGCAGGUCUGUUUGCAGUCUCGACAUGACGAAGCUCAGGGUGGAUGUAUACGAUAGCAAAGUGUCCACCAGUGUCAUGAUCGAUGAGGAACAUGUGUAUUUGGAUGUGGAGCCGACAAGCCUCCAGUGGGUUGAGAACUAUAUUUCGAUCCUUAUUGAUCCGAUGAGGAAAGCAGCGUUGGAAAUCUCUGAAACCAUGGCGAGUACUACCAAGGCCAAGAUUGACACUGUAUAUUCCAUUUCCAAAGGGGGAACGGACUAUUCAGUGCGCCAUGAUCCGUCGUGUAUCACCAAGCCGUCGUACAUCAGCAAGUUCUCUGAUGAGCACAUCAGGCGUGAAGACAGCUGGAAGAUCAUUACCAGAAUCAGACAUAUUGCUUACAACUUGCCCAAAAGCUGGCACGAUGCCACACAGAAAAGAUUUGAUGAGCACUCUUGGAAUGCUCCGGAAGACGCCAAGGAAAGGGUGUUCGAUGUAUUUCUCAAUUGGAGAAGGUGGGAGUUUAGUAACAUCUCCACCAGCUAUGUGCUGAUGAGCGUGUUUGGUGACACCAGAUCGAGGGCCGAACAGAAAUCAUUUUCGCUGACAGCGGCAUUUGCGACGUCGAAACUCAGUGUUCAUCCUUUCAGCAAUUUGGUGGUGAUUGAGAACUUGGAGCUUGCCGUAAGUAAAGGAAAGCUGUCGGAGGAGUUAUAUCAGAUGGCCACUGAGCUUUCUAUGAUAAACAUCCAAGAUCAGAUCAAUGUUGGGGUUUCCAUUGGAGCUUUCAAUACCAGUGUCACCUCCAUGAAAGAAUCGAUUCCCUAUAUCAGCGAUUUGGUUGCAAGCAUGGCAUCAAAAUCCAGUGCAGACCAGACUGUCGAAGUUGUGAACGCAACGGAGCCAAACCCACUUUUUUUUAGCACGAGUCUACUUGUGAAAGAGUUCACUCACCAGGUUGCAAUUGAAAGAUCAUCGGUCAAUGUCCGUGGUAGUAAUUGGGUGUUAACGUUGUCUGGAGUCAAAAGUGCAAAGAAUCUGAUUUUUGCUAUGCUACUGAACAAUACCUCGGUUGGGGUUGAUUUCAUGCUUGAUAAAAUGAAGUUAGUACAAUUGAAGUGUUUUGAAAACUCACUGCUUGUCUCCAAGGCAGGGUCGGCGGGUGACGGUCAGGUUUACGUGGACUUGUCUACCUCAAGUAUCAAUAUCUCUGCAGGGUCGGGUUCAGAUUUCUACCUAAAGGCUUUAGAUGUGCUGAUCGAUGAAGAGUAUAACUUGUUGGCCCCACUUAUUAACGAUUUGAAACGAAACCAAGAGAGAGGAUCUCAAAGACAGAAAUCUCCUGUUACCCAAUCUAGCAAUGAAUUCCUAGGCCAGCUGGAAGGGAAGGUAACGGGCAGUAUAUUUGUCUCGAAAAUUUCCUUGCAGCUUGAAGUUUUGUCACCAAUUCUUUACAAAAUGGACGUCCAAGAUAUCGCAUUUGAUCUUACAGCUUCAGACCAGGGUGCCAUGUCAAAUUUCACAGUUUCUCGCAUUAGCUCAAGAAUAAUUUCCACAUCCACCACGCAGCAAGUACAGUUUGCUACGGUUUUUGUUGGAAAUCUGAAUCUUCUAACGAGCUUUAUUGAAAGAUAUGGUAGGUUUGAUGUAUUUGCCCAGGUGCAUGCAGAUCAACUUGGAAUAAAUUGCUCACAGCGUAACGUCAUCUAUUUGGCGAAACUUGCCGAAUCUGACUACCGUGCUGCGCUGGAAUACUUUAGAAAAUUUGAGACAAGGUUCCAUAGUCUAUCUCAAAAGUUGGGCAACAAAAGCAAUCACGUGUCCAAAGCAGGAGAUUCCUCCUUCAUUGUGAAAGCCACUGCUGCCGUCGCUCUGGACAGCUUAUCAUUCACCUGUCUUCUCAACAAAAAUCAGACGUUCCUCGAUUGUAGCAAAAUCACAAUGAAGUUUGUCACCUCUGAUUUCAAUUACACCGGGAACAAGCCCCAAGGAUUCUUGAAGCUGCCCUCCACGAAAGUUAGUAUGCUCUCUCAUGGUCCUCAGACCUCUAGGUUCACCAUCUGUGAUGUCAAUUUGGAAUUGAAAGGUUCAACGUCAGUUUCAAGUGAGAAAAAACUCCACGAGCUUGAAUUGAUCAGCGAGCAUUGCAGAUUUGUGUUGGAUCCGCACUUCACUAGAGAACUCCUUGACGUUUAUUUCGACUUCCAAAAGAAAUUCAACACCUACCAGUUCCCUCGCAAACCUACUCCAAGACAGAACGUCAGUGCAGAAGAGAUUUGGGACCUCUUGAGUGUUUAUUCGAUUCGAAUUGUGUCCAAAAACAUGUGUAUUGGUUGGCUGCUUCCGAAACCAGAAAGAUUGCUGUCAGAUGCAUCGGAUGUUCCUGGCUUUAUUAUUGGUUACGAAAAAGCUGAGACUGUAUGCAGCACAAAAACAGGAAAUGUGCUCGUCUCAAGCAUGUACUUGGCAACUGCUCACGGAAACAGCUCCAUGAAUUUUUACUCCACUGGCGAUGAAAGCUUGAGCGCUAACAGGGCAUAUUUCCCUAGAUUUGAGCUUGACUAUAAAGUUUCGCGAACGCCGGAAGGCAGAGAUAUCUAUGCUGAACUUCAUGGCGAUAAGGUCGAUUUCAAGCUGGAAACUACGAUAUUUUCUGUGGCCGAUAGACUAGCACGGUCCGUUAUUCACGUUCAAGAAAAACUUGAGUCUAUGGUUUUCCAUGAGAUUGCACAGGCCGAGACGGCAGAUGGCUCGGCAACACUAUUUUCCUCGAUCCACUCGAACUUGAGACUUAUUGGCUGUAUCUUUGCAUUCAACGGUGCUUCAAUCAUGAUCAUCAAUCCUACAACAGAUUCAAACCGUAAGCCUACAUCUUUAUGCCUCCAGGCCCCAUCCGUGAGGAUUGCCACAGAGUAUAUCAAGUGUCGCGACUCGGUAAAAAAGCACGUCGUUUUGAUUCAGGCUGUCACUUCGAGUACAGACAACGCGUUGUCAGCAUCUUGUGUUCCCGUGAUUGUCAGUCUUGUUAACAGUGUGAAGGCUUUUGCAAAUAGGAGUCACUCAAAGAAAAGCAAACUGCCAACAGCACGGAAGCCAGAAGAAAGACGUCCUUCUGUGGGAGAAAAGGAGCCGGUCAGCGUCAGCUUGGAGCGCAUUUUCGAAAAGUUCAAGAUCAACUUCUCGCUGAAGGUUGAGCCUCAGCGGCUCACUCUCAGUUGUGAACCAAGUGCAAAGGUUGAGGCGGCAGUCUCCACAAAUGGACUGUUUUGGCACUUCAACACCGAUACAGAUUUGAUCACCACCACUAUCUGUAUUGAAAAGUUGAGAGCGAAGUUGCAACAUGUCUACUCGAAGGAAACUAGUGGGUCCUUGGGAAUCAAUGACAUACUCCUAUCUGCAACUGUUGCCAAAGCGGACGGUGUCAAGACAAUGUCAAACACGUCCAAGAUUUCGAACAUUGACUCGUAUUUAAACAUACAGCAGAGACAGGACGUCGACAUAUUCCGCGAAAUAUGGCUACCAUCCGAACUCUACAAAGGAUCUGUUGAAAAGCCACAUCAGAGCGAGGACAUCUCUCUCCAAAAUAUUGCAGCCAGAGUUAAAGACAUGUCAAACACAACUGUACUUCCCUGGAUUCUCACUCUUCUUGUGGGAAAGGUGAAGUUGAAGGUGGAUCUCGGGUUUUCGCUUGGAACACUGGACGUAGAAGUCGACAAAUGCUGGGUCAAAUCUACGAAGGUCACUAACAGGGACCAAAACUUAAAACUAGAACUGGGCCAGCUGAGAAUUGUGUCAGAGGGAAGACUUGGAGGGCUUUUGGUUGUCGAAAGAGCGCGAAUGGCUUCUGCAAUAUCAUGGUCAAAGGAAAAGGGAAUGGAGAACAUUCCGCUGGUCUUCCUGUCUGCUGGAUUCCGGUCGUUGGAAACCAAGAUUUCACUUGAUUACCACAUAUUUUGCAUAGCAGUGAUUACCAAAGCGAUGGCUUCCAUAUACAACCAGAGUGUGGACAAUCAUGCAGACAAACUUGUUGGAAAAACCUCGAUGGAAUCGUUCAAUGUUUACAUGACAGCUUUGACUGCUUCCAAUUUCGUGGAUAUUUACACCAUUGGAUUACGGAUCCGACAGGAUAUCAAGAUUUCGUACCAUCAAACUCUCAAUGAUGCUUUGGAUGAUCAGAGACAAUCUUUCAGGGACGCAGUGGGGCCAUCGGAGUCAUCUUUGUCAUUGCCUGCUUCGCGCAAAACCGAUACUUCAAGCUCGAGCACAGUCAAGACAGUGGAAAUGUUUCUGGAUGUGAUUGACGAAUUCUACACCAAUUUGGAUGUCCGCAUCGGGUCGAUGCAGCUACAAAUCUUCCCGAGUAGUUUGAUGGAUACACAAGCGCUGGUGAUCAGGGUGGGAGCUUCGAGGGCCAAGUUUGAGCAGAUCAAAACCAGCAUCAUGGAGAACAAGCUGGACAUGAACCUUGACAAUUUCACUGUGGCCCUUUCUUCUUUCAAGUCAAAACCUACAGAGGCAUCGCUUGAAGAACCAGGAGUUCGGAGCUACGUCAAGCUAGCAAACACGGCCACCGGUGGCAGCAUAUUUGUUUUUCCCUCGUUGAACGUGUACAUGGAUGCGUUCCAGCACCCAGGCUCAAACCAAAUCAAAUUCAAAUUUAGCAGCUCCUUUGGAGGAAACGUUGAUGUCAGGUGGAAGCUGGGCUCUGUCUACUUUAUCAGAGAGAUGUGGUAUUCCCAUGCAACCACGCUGAAGACUCGCCUCACUGCGUUGCGAAUCUUCACUUCUGGCUACGGAACAGACUUUGACGAUCUGCUGGAGGAAAAUUACAAAGAGUCAAUUUUUGAGGCCGUCAACUUGGAGGACAGGCUAAAGGACGUGGAGUCGGACCAGAAAUACGUUUACGUUCCUUUAGAGGAGCCGCAUAUCGAGACUCCUAGACUACGUGAUCUGGGAAACGCCACGCCUCCGCUGGAAUGGUUUGGACUGCACAGAAACAAGUUCCCUAACCUCACGCACCAGUUUGUAAUCGUGGGAUUACAGCAAGUGGUCAAAGAGGCCGAAGCCCGAUAUGCUAAUGUUCUAAAAUGA